UGGAACCGCUUCCGGCGCAGGGGUGGCGGUGCCCCCCGCGGGGCAGAGUGGGGGGGGUCUCCCCCGGGCCGCAGCUGUAGGGUUAGCGGGAACCCAGUGGGAGGUGCAGGGAACCCAGGAGUCCGGGGGACCCCUCCCAUCUCCUUUGGGGAGCUGGCCCCUGCCGUUAAAGCGACUCUGAUCGGGGCUGAGCCAGGACCCCCCGUGUCCCCAGGCGGGGGCAAGGGAAUAGCCCCCCCCCAGCCAGACCCCGCAUCCCCACUCUGGGGCUGGAUCGGAGCCAGCGCCCCCUAGAGGGGAAAGGCCCCGCGUCCCAUUUUCUCCUCUGUCUGUCCCCGGGGGCGCUGCUCCUGCCCCGGCUGCAGCAGGUGGCACCUGCGGAGAUGGCGGCCCCCCGGCGGCUGGGGCGGAAGAAGCCGGUGCCCGCCUGUCCUAAUCCCCUCUUCGUGUUGUGGCUGACUGAGUGGAGGGAUGAGGCCGCUGAGAAGGGCAAGAAGACCCAGUUCGUGUAUCAGAGGGCCCUGGACUCCCUUCGGAGGUACCCGCUGCCCCUGCGCAGUGGGCGUGAGGCCGCGAUUCUGCAGCAUUUUGGGGACUGGAUCUGCCGGAGGCUGGAUGAGCGACUGGAGAGGCACCGUGCUGAGCAGGGUGCAGAUGCUCCGCUUGAAGCCAUGGGAGGGGCCAGCCCCUCAAUGGGGGGACAGGAAAGUGAUCCCCCCAGCACAGAGCACCAUUCCACCAACAACCCCUCUGCCUCACAGACCUUACUGGGGGAUCUGGAGCCUCCCCCCAUGAGGAAGCCCCGUCCCCGCCGGGGGUACAUCCCAGCCACACGCUCCGGGGGCUACGCUGUGCUGCUAGCCCUCUAUAAGGACAGCACGAGCCCACACAGCCGGGGAUUCCUGAUGAAGUCUGAGCUGCAGCGGGCGGCUCAGCCGCUGUGUGACAAAUCCUUCACCCUGGGUGACCCUGGAAAUAGGUACACAGCUUGGGCAUCAGUUGGUACCUUGAUCCGCAAAGAGCUGGUGCUGAAAACCAAUGUCCCGGCCAGGUACUCUCUGACACCGCAGGGGCUGGCGCUAGCCCAGAGGCUUGUGGCUGCGGAGCAGGCCCUGAUUUCAGAGGGUCGAGCCCCAGAACCCAAGACACCCCAGGGCACAGAGCCCACGCAUCCUGCUGGGGAGAAGAAACUGCACCCGGAGCCCCAGCUACUCGAUGGCGCCCUGGGACCCCAGGAGGGGGCAGCGGGUGGCUCUGGAGGGCAGAGGCCCCAUGACCCUGAAUUUGUGCUGAGACCUGGCCAGUUUGACAUCAUCCUGUGUGUGGAUUUUAUCGAGACCAUGGGUGGCCCAGCGGCCCGAAAGCAGGAUCUGCUGGCCGAGCUGCGCCGGAACGCCGUACCCUUCGACGUGCGCAAGCUGCAUGUGGGGGACUUCAUGUGGGUCGCCCGUGAGAGGGUCCAGCCCCGCCCAGGGCAGCUGCACCUGCCCCCAGCACGGGAGUUGGCCCUGGACUACGUAGUGGAGCGAAAGCGAAUGGCUGACCUGUGUGGGAGCAUCAUUGACGGCCGCUUCCGUGAGCAGAAGUUCCGUCUGCAUCGCUGUGGCCUGUGCCACCCCAUCUACCUGCUGGAGGAAUCAGGAUCGACCCAGCACCUGAGCCUGCCGGAGAGCACCCUGCAGCAGGCAGCCACCAGCACCCAGGUAGUGGAUGGCUUCUUCGUCAAACGCACCCAGGACCUGCGGGAAUCGGCUGCGUACCUGACCAUCAUGACACGUCAUCUGAACAGCCUGUAUGGGAACAAGACCCUGGUGAGCUGCACCAAGGAAGAGUCUCAGGGCUGCUGCCCCCUGCAGCCCAACAGAGACUCCUGCACCCUAAUGACCUUCCAGGAGUUCAAUGAGGGAGCUGUCAAGAACAAGGCCCAGACUGUGCGUGAGGUGUUUGCUCGGCAGCUCAUGCAGAUCAGUGGAGUGAGUGGGGAGAAAGCAGCCGCCAUUUUGGAGAGAUACAGCACACCGGCCAGCCUGCUGGCCGCCUACUCCGCCUGCCCAGACCCUGAGAGCAGGGACAAGCUGCUGAGCACCAUCAAGUGUGGCAAACUGCAGAGGAACCUGGGCCCUGCCCUGAGCAGGACACUCUCCCAGCUGUACUGCAGCCCUGGCCCCCUCUCCUGAGCAGGGGGAUCUCAUCUGUCCUGCUGCCAGGGACCCCAGCACCCCAGGCUUCACCCUGGUCCUAGUGCCCCAGCCCUUCAAGAGGGGUGCCACUGGGCAGAGAGCCAGCUCCCGUCUCCAGGGGCAGAGCGGUCGGGUGAGGACCCUGCCUCUGUGGGGUGUACCCCCAGGGGGCAUGCGGGGAGGGAGGCUUCCGGGUGUGUGUGAAAGGACUGUUGGGGGCUUUCGGACCCAGCGUUUGUUUUAAUGAAUCUUUGUAUUUUCCUUAUUCCAAUAAAUUUGAUGGCUCCUUUGUU